AUCAAACUAGGAAACACAAACAGAAGAGAAAAGGACGGCGCAGAAAUAAAGAGGACUGUUUUAAAACAUGAAACAUCUGACGUGGAUCAGCGCUCUGUCAUUCCUGCUUUAUUUCUCUUCAGGAUCUGCAGAUUACAGGCAAAAGCGUCAGAUCCCAACGAGGAGUUUGGCAGGCGUUUGCCGAUAUGGCAGCAGACUGGAGUGUUGCUAUGGAUGGAAGAAAAACAGCAAAGGACACUGUGAAGCUCAGUGUGACCUGGGCUGCAAACACGGCGAGUGCGUCGGCCCCAACAAAUGCAAGUGCUUCCCCGGAUACACCGGAAAGACGUGUAGUCAAGAUCUGAAUGAGUGUGGUUUAAAGCCUCGGCCCUGUGAACAUCGUUGUAUGAACACUUUUGGUAGCUAUAUGUGCUACUGCUUAAACGGAUACAUGCUGAUGCCAGAUGGCUCCUGUGCAAACUCGAGGACAUGUACUCUGGCUCAUUGUCAGUACGGCUGUGAGGAGGUGCAGGGUGAGGUCCGCUGUCUCUGUCCGUCUCCUGGCCUGCAGCUGGGAUCUGAUGGAAAGACCUGUGUGGACAUUGAUGAAUGUGCAACUGGUAAAAACCAAUGUCCUUUUAACCGUCAGUGCACCAACACGUUUGGAAGCUACUACUGCAAGUGUCAGACGGGUUACGAUCUCAAAUACGUCAAUGGAAAAUACGACUGUGUUGAUAUAAAUGAAUGUGUGUCCAACACACAUAAGUGCAGUCAUCACGCCGAGUGCAUCAACACUCAUGGAUCCUAUAAGUGUAAAUGCAAGCAGGGUUUCCGUGGCAGUGGAUUCGAUUGUUCAGUCAAGCCUUUUUAUCACAGAUCUUGGGAAAGUGAGAAAGGAAAUGCACAUCCGUUUCUCAACGCUAUUCCUGAUUUCCCCUCCAAAACUCGUAUUUUGGGCGGCAAGUUUGACAACACCAUCCCCGAGCCUGCUGUGACCGAAUCGCCACGACACCACCUGCAACCCUUCGACUACGACGGCGAGGUCUACGUAGGCCCUCCAGAGAAGACACCUGUGUUUCCAGGGGAGGAGAAGUUUUAUGAUGAAGAAGAGGAAGAGGAGGAGGAAGAGGAGGACGACACGGGAAACCAGCUGGAGGGCGAGGAGCUGAACCCCAGAGGAGACGCUUUCUUUCCAGAUGAUUUUGUUCCCAUUUACGAUCCAGAAUCAGAGCCGAAGGAGAUCCAGGCAGCGCCGCUGAAGGAAAGAUUCCUGACAGACUGUGAUUUUGAUCGUGGUGCGUGUGAAUGGGUGCAGGACAAUGAAGACGAUCUGGACUGGACCAUCAAAUAUCAUGAAAACGGAAGGGAAUAUUACUUGGCUCUCGACGGUCCGGUCGGGAACAGGAAGGAGCAGGCGCGUAUGAAGCUGCUUCUUGAUGAUUACAUGCGUCAGAGCAGCUUCUGUCUGAAAUUUGAUUAUCGCAUUCUGGGGCUUAACAUGGGUGUCUUAAGAGUGAUGCUGGACAACAGCGCCGUCGUUGUCUGGGAGAAACGAAACCCUCUCAACCACAGCUGGCAGUCAGAAAAGAUCACCAUUAACUGGACAGAAAACACUCCAGAGGCCAUCAUCUUUGAGGGAGAGCGUGGGAAGUCAGUAAGCGGAGAGAUCGGUCUGGAUCACGUGGUUCUGAUCUCAGGACCCUGUUUGGAUGAUAAAGCCGACAUCUUUUAACAGCGUCACAAAGGACAUCAUUUAGUUUGUGACUUUUUUAACCAUCGCAACAACAACAAAUAACAGAUUUAGCUGUUGGUCAGCUUUCAUAAUAAGCAGGUACAAACUGCAGGAAAAUAAGGAGAAUUACAUUUAUGUAAGUGUUAUUGCUAUUAUGUUUUCUGAUUGUAGGUAGAUAUCAGUCAAUAUUUGUAUGAUUAUAUAAACAUUGUAACAUUAUAAUGGCUGUACAUUUUGCUUUACAUUAAAAUAUUUUAAUAGAUUUACCAAUUUUACAUUUAUGUUCAAAGGGUUCUUUAAUAAUACAUAAUUUCAAAUCAAUAACUCUGCCGAGACUCAUUGUAAAGAUGACAGCAUCUUGUUCAUUUUCUCUAUAAAGAAAUUAAUAUUUGCCAACCUUCUUUGAAUUAUAUCUAAAAAUAAAUAAAUACAUUAUAAAUUAUUUAAUAAAUAAAUGUUGACCCAUAAUACUAAUUAGACACUAUACUGAAUUUAACAAGGCUGUGAGAGCUACAUUUACAUACUGAUGGAAAAAACAGAUCUUUUCGAAGCUUUGAAUCAGUUGAACCAACUGCUUCACAAAUUGAUUCACUGUUUCGAAGCCCUCAUGCUGGAGUAAAUGCAAUGAAAACUCAGGCCAAGCAUGCAUACAAACAGCUUUUACAAACCCAUUGCAAAUGUUUUAUUGAAAGUAUAAUAAAUGCAAUUAACAAUUUAUCAACUACCAUUAAAAAUGAAGUGUCUGUACAACGUGUUUUGGCGAUUUACUACGCAGACGCGUGACACAGAGGAGCUUCAUCAUCAAUGCAAUGGCUCAUCUAAGAUUCUCAGAUUCUUCCAAUGCUAUUGUUUAACAUGAAAAAUACUGUUUUGAGAUACACUACUGCUCAAAAAUCAGUACGAUUUUAAUGUAUUUUUAUAGUUUGAUCAAAAAGACAGAUUCAAAUGUUAUAUUGUGAAAUAUUAUGAUGUAAAACAAUGUUCUUCUGUUUUAAUAUACAUUAAAAAUCGAAUUUAUUUCUGUGAUCAAAGCUGAAUUUUUCAGCAUCAUUACUCCAGUCUUCAGUGUCACAUGAUCCUUCAGAAAUCAUUCCAACAUACAGAAUUAUUAUGUGUUGGAAACAGUUGCUUAUUUUUUAGGAUUCACUGAUGAAUAAAAAGUUAAAAAGAACAGCAUUUAUUUAAAAUAUAAAUCUUUUCUAAUAAUAUACACUACUGUUCAAAAGUGUAGGGUCAGUAAAUUUGUAUUCUUUCACUUUUUGAAAGAAAUUAAUACUUUUAUUCACCAAGGAUGUGUUAAAUUGAAUAAAAAGUGAUACAAGUGAUAGAUUUACAUUGUUAGAAAAAAUUUAUAUUUUAAAUAAAUGCUGUUCUUUUAACUUAUUCAUCAAAGAACGUUCCAAAAAAGAAGGUUCCAAAAAAUCUGGCAGCACAACAUUGAUCAUUUUAAUAAUAAAUCAGCAUAUUAGAAAUAUUUCUGAAGGAUCAUGUGACACUUAAGACUGGAGUAACAGCUGAGGAAAAUCAGAAGAUAGAAGAUCCAUUUUUGGUUCCACAAAGAACCAUUCAGUCAAUCUCUUUCUUAUGUUUUUAUGAUCUGAAGAACCUUCUUUCACCACAAAAAAACUUUUUGUGAAACAGAACGG